UUUUAUUCAUCCUUAACAAGAAUCCAUUAUCUCCGGGAAAAAUCUCUUCUUUUAAGAUACUGCUGAAAUGACAUUGAAGAUCUUUUUGAUGGUUUUCCUCAUAUCACGUAUUCCUGUAAUCAAAGGAGGAAAAGACCCUUGUUCGUCAUACAAAAAGCUAACCGAAUCUGACAGAGAGAGGAAAUUCACUCAAGAUAAAGGAAAAAGCGACGCAGCGGAUUUGAAGCCUAAAAAAUGGUACCGUUUUACCGAUGAUGCAGGAUUCAAAUUGGCAAACAGGUUGAAGAAAAACGAGUGUGUUGCCGGGCCGGCAUGUGGUGCAAUGUAUCCCGGAUUUAUGCUUGGUGCUAAUCCCAAGAAUAUUGGAAAGACUGUCAAAAAGAAAGUUUGUUUCGAUGAAGGCAACAAUUGUUGUGCUAAAAAGGUGUUUGUCAAGGUCAAAAGAUGUCCACAAGAUUUCCUCAUUUAUCAGUUACCUGCAGCGCCGUCUGGGAGUUAUCGCUACUGUGGCAGUAAGAGAAGAGAGAAGCCCUCCGAAUGUCCUACAACAGCUCCACCAAUAAAUAUUGGAGAAGACAAGGAUCAUCCUGGCAAGUCGUGUAAGGUUAUUAAAGAACAAAAUUCUCACGGAGGGUCAGGACUGUACUGGAUAAACCCAUCCGGUGGAAAAGCAUUCCGUGCUUACUGUGACCAAGAAACUGAUGGAGGAGGCUGGACAUUAGUGUAUAGUUACACCUUUACAAAUUAUCCCAACUUUGCGGACGGUAGUAAUGCAGUCACACCACGUCCCUCAUGGCCAGCGGAAGGGGAAAUUCCGAUAUCGACGAAGGUACCUUUGAAAGAGACACAGUUGGGUGCCAUGAACUUUAAAUUCUGGAAACAAAUAGGCAACGAGUUCAUGGUCAAGUCCAACAUCAACCACUGGAUCGCUUGUAAAGAAGGAAUCGGAAGCCUGGUGGAUUACAAAGCUGGCAGCCUGAGCUGUAAAGUAAUAAAAAAUAUCGCCACUGUCUGCCCAAAUGUUGCUCCUGACGAGAUACGUAUACUUACCAAAGAAUCGUCCUCUAAUUAUGGUCCUCAUCUGUACUAUUCCAAGAGCACUACCGAGUUGAAGACCUAUUACUACUGGGAGAGUUCAACCCAGACCGGUAACUGGCCCACGCAUGACCCCUGUGGGAAAAAUGGUUUGUUUCACGUCAGAAAUGUGGUUAAUCCCCACGGCAACAUUUUUAUUCGUUAGGUUAUUCGGUAAUUGUACCAUAAGAGGGUCAAUUAAGUGAGGCAUUUUGUGCCAGAUGGGAUGAUUUUUAGCCAAACUCAGCUGUAAACAAAAAUGCUGCAGAACUAAAUAAAUUUAAACCAAU